AUGGCGAGUCCGGCACGCCGGGCAGCACGCCACGCGGUCGAGGUGAUCCGGCUCCCCGCGUCGGCGCUGCAGCCGCCCAACGCGGCGGUGAAUGUGCGCCAGCGUCCCGCCGCGCGUUUUGCGAACGAGAUGUUUUCGCUGCAGCUGUACCCCCUGCAAGGCCUCGACGUCCCCCCCGGCACGACGGCCAUGCCGAAAGUGCUCGGCCCGCCGUGGCUGCCGUGGCCGCCGCACCCCGACACCCAUAGCGCGCACCAUCUCCGCCUAGCCGAAGGCGCGCGCGCGGCCGUCGCCGGCGACGAAGACCGCACACGAUACCUCCGCACGACCGUCUUUGUGAGCAAAAAGCGCGUGCACAAGCUCGCCGUGCUGCGCAACCAGUGCCGCACGCGCCUCCUGGCCGCGCUGCGCGAGCUCGUGACCCACGAAGACGUGCCGGUACGCGACCUCUAUGCCUAUGUCUUUUUCGCCAAUGCCCCCCUCUAUGCUGCGCCACGCGCCACGAUCCUCGACACGCUGCGCCGCGCGUUCCGUGCGCGGGGCCGCCUACGCGUUGCGACGCGCGAAGCGUAA